GAUAGGGACCGGGGGCCCCUCUGUGGGCUCCCUUCAGACUUUAUCAGUGGAGUUUUAUUUUUUUUACUUCGUAUUUUAUUUUCGUUUAUAAGAGAGAAAGAUAUCCCCUUCCAAAGAGAGGGAACGCUCAUGAAAGUUUGUGACUUUCUAAGAAGUGAAUAAUUCCAAGCUUGCCUGAUUCUACCCAGUCUGGACCUCCUUAUCCUGUUUAUGGGAAACCCAGAUGACCUGCCUCCUUACUCCUGGGUCAGAAGCCUCUUUGGAGUCUAUGUAAUUGGCAUUGGAAAUCAGGGAGAAACUGCUGGAGCCUCUCACACCAGUGGCUGCUGAAGUAGAAGAUUCGGGGGGGGGGGGACCUCUCUUUAGGGGGCACAGGCCACACCUGAGGGAUUUCCAAGAUGACCAAAAUACCAGCCACCAAGAAGGUGCAAAGCGUCCCCAACGCAGGGGCCCUCUGGCCCUUUUAUGCCUCAGAACAUCUAACACAGGUUCCAGACAAGCCGAUGAAGAGCAUCAAGUACUUGGACAAGGAAAUCAUAAACCUCAAAAAAGACCUUGCACGAAGCCGCAUGUUGAUUCGGUCGGUGAAGACAGGCCGCGGCUACUUUAGCAUGUUGCAGGAGGAGAGUGCCUUGAAAAAGAAGCAACAGUACCUUCAGAAACUGAAAGAGGAAGAAAGACAUAAAUUCCAGCCAGCCAAAAAGAUCUCAGAAGUCCACUAUGGUGAUAUUCUUUUGACCACAUACGACCAAGCCAAGGUUAGGAAGAUGGGCGCUGGAGUCGUACUUCGCCCAUUCACCCCCGUGCACAGCUGCAUCAUCUCAUCCUCGCUACCCGAGGCUCACGUGGAGCCCCUCUUCCGCCAGCUCUGUGCCCUCCACUGGCUCCUGGAGGCCCUGACUAUCGACCACGCCCACCAUACUAUGAAGCCUGUGAUCACCUGCUGGAAUCCAAAGGACCCGGGUGGAAGCAAGAGCACAAUAAAAAAAAUCAAUAAGGACAAGUCCAUGGGACAGAGGUGGGAGCACUUCGUGACAGCGCCUAAGAUCAAGAAAAUUCAAAUUCCUAUACUGCGUGUCACCAACCGCAAGCCAAGCCGGCGAGGCUCCACCCUCAGUCUGUCUCGGACCAGUGGGGGAUCAUCCCCCCAGAGCAGUAUGAUGUCCAUGAACCCCGGCUCAGACGAGCCCCAGAGUGUGAUCACCCAGGCAACAGGCAGCAAGGACAUUGAGGACAAUGAAUCCUCUUCGACCAAGCCUGACGAAGAACCUCUCCAUAUCAAUCUGCAGAAGCUCCUGGAGAUGGUUCGGGAAGAUGCCCGGAGGACAGUCAUAAUGGAAAAUGGGAUGCACAAAAAAGCGCCCAGUAUCUUGUCAAUGCUCAAACAAACCAAGUGUGAUUCUGCCUAUAAAGACGUGCAGACCACCGGCAAAUCAAGUGAAAGAUCUAGCAGUACAAGUGGAGAAAGCCACACUCUGCUCAUCCAGAAGAAGUCUAAAAGCCGUACCAACCGGGACAUUAUCCAGUGCAAGAGUGGCGUGUGCAACACCAUGAGGGCAAAGUUUUACAGCGUGGCCCAGGAAGCCGGCUUCUGUCUUCAGGACAAGAUGGAAAUCCUCAUGAAGCGCCAAGAAGAGAGAGGUCUCCAGAAGUUCCAUUCUUUUGUCUUGGUCUCCGAUUUUAAAAAGGAUAUAGCAAAAAUGAGGCAUCAAGUCUCCAUGAUAAAAGGAGAUGCAAAAGAAAUUGCAGACCACUGGUACUUUGAUCUGCUGUCCAAACUCCCCAAAGAUCUGAAGAAUUUCCGCCCUGCCAAAAAGAUCCUGGCGAAACUACAGAAGUUUGGGGAAAACCUAGACCUCAGGAUCAGGCCCCACGUCCUCCUGAAAGUGCUACAAGACCUGAGAAUCUGGGAACUGUGCUCUCCGGACAUCGCUGUGGCUAUUGAGUUUGUACGUGAACACAUCAUCCAUAUGUCUCAAGAGGAUUAUAUCAACUGGCUGCAGAACCGGAUCAAUAUCCCCAUCCGAUCCCACAGUCUCCGGACAUAGACUGGGCCUGGGUCAACCAGCUGUCCCACUGGAGGAGGACUAGACUACACAGUAUCCUUGCUUCCUAUCCGGGUUCUUCCUUCCUAUCUACUCUCAUGGAUACCCACUAGAAUAUAUGAGACUGACUUCCGGCAACAUUCUAGAGGGAGAUACUCCCAGGUGGAAACUCCUCUGAACCUCACACCCCGCCUCAAACUCCCAGUGUCUGUUCCUCAUUGGUCCAGUCUGACUCUACCCACUCCCUCUCCAAAUUCCUUUACCUUACUCCUCUUCCUCAAAUUCUGGCUAAUAAA